AAAUUAUAUUAAAACUUGCUCUUUUGACAAAUAAGUUUCUAUUUUAUUCUUGAUGUGUUACAUCAACGGAGUAUAAUGUUGUCAUUAAAUUUCAUGAUAUUUACCACAUGUGAUUUGGCUACUUGCAUGGUGUUUUUAUUUACACCUUUCAGAGCGCGUAUAUGUUUUUCAAAGUGUGUCUCAGAACGGAGAGUCUGAAUAUUCAAGAAAAAGUUCGAUUUUAUUAUAUAUAUUCAUAAUGGAAUUGGGAAGUGGAAAAUUAAUGGAAGAAGCUCAGAAAAGGCGAGAGAAGCUAGCGAAUCUGCGAAGACGUGUGGAAGAACAAAGUGAUACUCAAAAUGAUGCUCCUGAAGUAGAGCUGCCUAAGCCAAUUUUUCGGAACUAUACUCCAAAUGAUGAUGAUUUGAGAAACAAUCAACUUCCUAAAGCUAAGCCAGAGUCUGUUGAAGUUGAAAUAAAAGACCACCUUGAAGCAACUAAACCAGAACCUUUGAUAGAUGAAGUUGAUUUAUCUACAUUAGCUCCACGUAAACCAGACUGGGAUCUCAAAAGAGAUGUUGCAAAAAAACUUGAAAAAUUGGAAAGGCGUACUCAAAAAGCUAUUGCAGAAUUAAUAAGAGAAAGAUUAAAAUCAAAUGAGUGUUCUUUGGUUGAUGCUGUCAGUUAUGCUGAAGCAACAGUUGCUACUAAUGAUUCAGAUGAAGACUAAAUCCACAUACUAAAUAUUGUAUAUAGUAAUUAAAUUAUAUAUUUGUUAUAAUAAUCUCAA